UUAACCUUGUCGCUGCUUACUACACACAUUACCUAGCUCGCUCUCUCUCUCUCCCUUCCCCUCAUCGAGCAAUGGAGGAUGACAAGAAGACCAAAUACCGCGGCGUGCGUACGCGGCCUUGGGGCAAGUUCGCCGCCGAGAUCCGUGACCCCGAGCGUGGCGGCGUCCGCGUCUGGCUCGGCACGUUUAACACGGCCGAGGAGGCCGCGAGAGCGUACGACCGCGCGGCUGUUGCCCAGAGGGGCGCCACCGCCGUGCUAAACUUCCCCGGCGGGCCCGGUUUGGGGAGCAGGGGCGCCUCCGGCUCGUCUUCGUCCACCCCGGUUGGCUCCGGUGUCGACAGUGGCAGGGGCCACGGGGGCACAGAGAAGAUUGAAUUGGAGUACCUCGACGACAGCCUCCUGGACGAGCUUCUCGACGACAACAAGUACGGUGGUAAAUGAGAGAGAGAUUCUCUUGCAUGCCGUAUACAUGCAUGCAAAAGAAAUGGGCCAUAUUACAUGAUCCAUAAAAUAUUACAAUUCCACCGUUCACAUAUUUGCAUUUAAUUGCAAUUUCCAUCACCGGAUCGAUUAUUAUAUAUACUAAGAAUACUCGCUUUGUUUCGUGCCCCAAACAAAAGACAUGCCGCACGUUACGUGUACGUACUUCUGUGAUGAAUAAACUACUCUUUUCGUUUUAUAAUAUAAAAGUGUUUUUGACGUUACACAUAUCGUAAC